UCUGUGAGAUGAUUAUAUUUUACCCAGAUUGAUUAAUUUAAAAUCACUGAUCAAUGCCUUUUUUAUGUUAAUAUAAACUGCUGGUUUUCCUCCGAUUUCAACCAUGGCUGGUGACGAGUGGAAAGAUGCUAUUCGACGAAAUUACUCCUACUUCAAAAACAACAUAGCCGAUCCUCUUGAUGUUGUGGAAUACCUCUAUGGGGAGAUAACCCCACCAGUCCUUACUGAAAACCAGAAGGAGCAAGUAAAGGCAGAAGGUACCACAUCAAAGAGAGUUGGUAAGAUGCUGGACAUUUUGUUGAGACGUGGACCCAGAGUGCCCCAGUAUUUAUACCAGGCAUUUGUGGAGACGUCCAAUCCAGAAUGUGCAGAGAGAUUAGCCCCGUAUCUGUUACAACAGGAGAAAGCGGCUCUCAAGAAAGAUCCUUCAGAAUGGCCUCCACCUCUGGAAGAACACAAAGCUAUGGCCAGAGAUCAUGUGACCUAUCUACGACCUAAUGACCCCUGUUGUUAUAUGCAGUAUGACUCGGAAGAGGUGUACAGCAUGAGACGGGAGCGUCGAGGGUUAGUUUUUAUCAUCAACAAUGAACAAUUCCUCCCAGGGUCUGGCAUGUCACACAGAACUGGAACAAAAUUUGACAGAGACAAUCUAAAUAAAUUAUUUGAAGGUCUCCACUUUGAAGUAAUUAUAAAAAACAAUUUGACCAAAGAGGAAAUAAUCAAAGAAACUAAACAUGUAAGUCGGAGUGAUAAAAUAAAAGACAGUGACUGUUUUAUCUUUAUUAUUCUGACUCAUGGUGAUGACAAAGGUGUGUGUGGUAUUGAUGGAUCUUCUGUCCCUGUGACAGAACUUACAGAAAUGUUUGAACCUAACAACUGUUCAGAGCUGAAUGAGAAGCCAAAGAUAUUCUUAAUUCAGGCUUGUCGUGGGGAUAAGAGAGAGACUGUAAAUCCAUCCAGUGGUUCUGGACAAGUGGGGUCAGUGGGGGAUGGAGGAGGGACACAGGACAGUGCUGAUGCCGUAGACUCAAAACAAUUUGCAGAACCCAAUAUUUCUGCCACUGCAACUGUUCAUUCCAAGUCUGAUUUCCUAAUUGCUUACUCCACUCCAGAAGGUUCCCUAUCAUGGAGAAAGACAAAUUCUGGUUCUUGGUUUAUGCAGGCAGUUGUAUGGAUCUUAAAAUAUGAAGCUCAUCUCAAAGACCUUGUUGAAAUGCUGGGAAAGGUAAACUACCUGGUCAGUAAAGGCAAGGCUUCACAUGGAGAACAUCACUAUGUAACAGUCUCCAACUACCACUCCUCACUCAGGAAAAAAUUAUACUUCUUCCCAGGAAUUUAUGGAGAUAAAAGAGUGCAUCCCAGCUGUAUAAAUUAGUUCCUGAUGCAAUGUGUUCCUCUAAAGUCUAGAAAUACACUCAAUAUUAAGGAUUAGUGAAUUUAACUACAGUGUAUGAAGACAAAUUCAAAUCGAAUUAUUCUCCUACCAAUUCCAUGCCUUUUUCUGCUGCUCAGAUUCCUUAUAAAUACAUACACACUGUUUUAAAAUUUCACCUGUUUUUAAAAAACAUUUUGUAUUUCACAUAUCACAUGAAAAUUUGUACUUUUAUGAGAUUUUAUUUAUGU